GUGAUGAUGGAUAAUGGGAUUGUCCAAGUGACAUUAUCAAACCCAGACGGAAUAGUCACUGGAAUUCGAUUCAAUGGCAUCGAUAACUUGCUGGAGAUUCGUAAUGAGGAAAUUAACAGAGGGUACUGGGACCUUGUUUGGAGUUCAGCCACUACUGGAACAACAGGAAUAUUUGAUGUGAUCAAAGGAACAAGUUUUAGGGUUAUAAUGGAAAGUGAAGAACAAGUUGAGCUCUCUUUCACAAGAGCCUGGGAUCCCUCCCAACAGGGCAAGCUCGUACCCUUAAAUAUUGAUAAAAGGUUCAUUAUGCUUCGAGGUUCCUCAGGCUUCUACUCCUACGCCAUUUACGAGCACUUGAGGGAAUGGCCUGGUUUCGAGCUUGGAGAAACCAGAAUUGCGUUCAAACUCAGAAAAGACAAGUUUCACUACAUGGCCAUGGCAGACAAUAGGCAAAGAAACAUGCCAUUGCCUGAUGACCGUUUACCGUCGAGAGGCCAAGCCCUAGCCUUCCCAGAGGCAGUUCUUCUUGUCAAUCCUGUGGAGCCAGAGUUCAAAGGAGAAGUGGAUGACAAGUACCAAUACUCAUGCGACAACAAGGAUAAUAAAGUACAUGGGUGGAUAUGCACUGAGCCACCAGUAGGGUUCUGGCAAAUUACACCAAGCAAUGAGUUCCGAUCUGGUGGACCCUUUAAACAGAACCUUACCUCCCAUGUUGGCCCCACCACCCUUGCUAUGUUUCUAAGCGCUCAUUAUUCUGGAGAGGAUUUGGUGCCAAAAUUUGCAGCGGGUGAGCAAUGGAAGAAAGUUUUUGGGCCAGUUUUUAUGUAUGCUAAUUCUGCAUAUGAAGGAGAUGAUCCGCUUUCGUUAUGGGAGGAUGCUAAAUCACAGAUGAUGAUGGAAGUCCAAUGCUGGCCCUACAGUUUCCCAGCAUCUGAGGAUUUUCCCAAGUCACACCAACGGGGUAGUGUUAGUGGUAGACUACUUAUUCGAGACAGAUAUAUCAGCGAUGACUACAUAUCAGCCCAGGGUGCAUAUGUUGGGUUAGCCCCGCAAGGAGACGUUGGAUCGUGGCAAAGAGAAUGCAAGAACUAUCAAUUCUGGACGACAGCAGACGAGAAUGGCUACUUUCUCAUCGACGGCAUAUGCACUGGCGAUUAUAAUCUUAAUGCAACGGUCCCUGGUUUUAUCGGAGAUUAUCAAUACGAUGUCGUUCUCACUAUAACCUCAGGUUGUGAGGUUGAGAUGGGUGAUCUUCGGUCUGCUGCAGAGUUUUAUGUUCCUGACCCUAAUCCAAAGUACAUUAACAAACUCUUUGUCGACCAUCCAGACAGGUUUAGGCAGUAUGGAUUGUGGGAAAGAUACUCAGAGUUAUAUCCUGAUAAAGACUUGGUUUACACAGUUGGUGUCAGUGACUAUAGCAAAGACUGGUUCUUCGCUCAGGUUAACAGGAAGAAAGAUGAUAAUAAAUAUCAAGGAACUACUUGGCAAAUCAAAUUCAAUCUUGACACUGUAGACCAGAGUGGUCCCUAUAAGCUGAGACUAGCAAUUGCAUCAGCAACUCUCUCUGAAUUGCAGGUUCGGGUAAACGAUCCAAAAGCAUAUCAUCCUCUUUUCUCAAGUGGGUUGAUAGGUAAGGACAAUUCAAUAGCAAGGCAUGGAAUUCAUGGGCUAUAUUGGCUUUUCAAUGUCGACAUACCUAGCUCUCGAAUUAUUGAGGGAGAUAAUAUUAUCUAUUUGACACAACCAAGAAGCACAAGUCCUUUUCAAGGAAUCAUGUAUGAUUAUAUUCGUUUAGAAGGCCCCCCAUCACUAAGUUCCAAAAGAGAGACUUGA